UGUAGCAGCGGUGGAGAGUAAGUCCAAUCAUACGGCUUCAUCCCACCCCGGCAGCAGAUGAGCGCUGGCGAAUGUUCUCAGCCACCUGGAGGAGGAGGUUCAGCGCGGAAGAAAUGUUACCAGACAUCGCCGAUCUGGUGUCUGGACUUUUUUGAUAAUUUCAUAGAGAUUGGGUGUGCAGAUGGGCGGUUGGUGUUCUGGGAGGGAACGACUGGUAACUUUAAGGGUAUAUAUGAAGCCGAAAACAUCUACAAUAAUGGGGUAACUAACAUAAAGCUCGCCGGUGACAAAGUGAUAGUCGCACGGUUGAAAAAACGAAUCGAUUCUCUGAGACUGGAAACGUACACGCAUGGUUGUCAGAUCGAUUGGGGAUUUUUCGUCUGCAUAUGGGCGAACCCACGUACGCACCGGUUCGACAGGAAGCAUUAGUUUAUUUCAGCAAUCCGUCCACAGCGUUGCCAGCUCAACAUAACGCAUCCGUUGAGGAGCUUCGAUGUAUUCUGGAGUUUCACCAGUAGGGUUACCGGUG